GUUCUCCGUCAUACUCUUUCGCUUUUUCUUUUCAAAUUCUUUACAUUUCAAACGGACAUUUUCCAUCUUCUCUCUCUCACUGUUAAUUCUGAUAGGGUUAUAGUCUGUGGCGAUUAGAGUUUAUUUGUCAGAGAUCUACCUCAAAAGGUCAGUGAAUUGAGCCGAUGAGGAUGAAGAUCAAUAAGGCGAGCGAUCUCAGCUCCAUCUCGGUUCUUCCUCCUCACUCAAGGAGAUCAAAUUCUGUAUCAAAUGGGACACAUGCAUCACAACUUCGAUCACAAUCUUCACAACAAUCAUCUCAGGGAUUCUCUCAACAUGGCAUUUUUUCUCAGCUCUCUCAGAGCUCUCUUGACGAGGCUCUCAAUGAUCAGAGAUUUGGUUCCCAAGAGCGAGAGAAACCUGUAAAAAGGGUACUUCCCUUUGCUCCUCCAAUGAGUCAUACACGUGAAGAAAAUCAAAUGCCAAUAACAAGAUCCUCCACCAACACAAUGCGCAAAUGGAAUUCUGCAUCUCUUCCAGAUCAUAGAUGUCAGAUUAGUGAAGAACUUCAGCACCGAAUAGGAUUGAUGGAAACUUCAUUAAAUAAGUUUGGAAUGAUCCUGGAUUCUGUUCAGAGUGAUGUCAUGCAAGUAAACAAAGGGACAAAGGAAGUUUCAUUGGAGACUGAAGGAAUACGGCAAAAGUUGGUGGUUCAAGAUAGUUCUCUACAGCUAAUGCACAAGGGACAAGAAGAUAUCAGAGCUAUCUUUGAAGGGGGCUUCAAGUCUAUAUCUGAACUAGUGAGGAAGGGUACUUAUCAAGACAAGUUACAGGAAAUUUUCUUAGUGCUUUCAGCCUUACCAGAAAAGAUAGAAGCAACCAUUAUAAAAUCACAGAAUGAGCUGUGUAACUCAGUCAUCAAGGAAUUGCAGGCUAUUACUUGCUGCCUAACGGUCACCAACCCAAAGGACCAAGCACCCUCUAUUGUACCACCAAAGGCCACUAGCUGCAUUGCAUCUCCACAAGGAAAGCCACAGCCUUUUAGGAACUCAGCAGUGUCUCCAAAGAUUUGUGCACAAACAACUUUAAAUUCAAAGAUGGGAACAGGAGGCUGGAAUUCAGGAAAAGAGGGAAAAGCUACUUUCACCAAGAUGGCAUCCCACAAGAUGCGCCUACAAAAAGGACCUUCUUCCAUUAAACAGGAAAGAGAACGUAGAGUUGUCAUUGAAUCAGAUGAGGAAAUUGAUGGAGGUUUUUCCUGCUUGCUUGAAGAGACAAAGACAGGACAUUUAGAAAACUAUUGGACGAAAGACAUAGAGGAAGAGACAGAAAGAAUUUUGAGAUAUGCAAGGAGGCGAAAAAGAAAAUGCCGUGAUGUUAUAAUUAUAAAUUGAAGGUGGAAGAUAAAUUGAUCAUUGUAUAACUAUAGAAUUCCUUGGAAUUCCUUGGAAUUGCAACAUGAAAAGUGCAAAUAUUUCGGGUAUGUUCCCCUUUCUAUAACCAACUAAUCUCAUUCAAACAAAAACAACCAACAAAAAAAGGUAAUAUCUCAGAUUCACCGCACCCGCCGACCCCUCUCUCCUUUUCUUUCUUUUAUUUUACUCUUCAAACUUUUUGUAUAAAUGAAACCGACAAAUAGAAAAGGAUAUUGCGUCAACUUUUUAUUUUAAAUGUUUUUUUGGGCUUCCAUGACAAUGGGAGUUGGGACAACUUCGUUAUGUGAGACUGAUACAUUUGGAUUAGCGGGUCAAACAGCAGGGGAUGUGACAGAAAGUGACCACUUUUAAAUGAAGGUGCACCUUAGAAAUUUUUAACGGUAACGCAUACUUUUCAUUUGUGUGUUCCAAUAAUUGAAGACAUGAUUCCAA